UCUUCAAAGCUGCGACAGUACUGAAUGUCCACAACAGUCGUCGUCAUCAAAGGAAACCGGCUGCUGCUUCAGAAUAAGGUCUCUGAGUAGAAGUCUGCAGGGGGCUCACCAUGGCGCAGGAGAAGAAUGACGGGAUAAACGGCAACAUGGUCCUUUCACCAUUUCAACAAAAUAGACUUGCUUUUUCAUGGGAAUUGAAGAUCAAGAAAAAGCUAAAGACUGUGCCUCCGUGUCUAGGCAAGUUCAGACCAACUGUUGGCGAGUGCUGCCACCAGUGUACCCCAGACAGUCUGCGUAAGAAGCUUGGACAAAACUCUUCACUUGGCUUUCACAACCUACUGAGUGUCAAUGAAACAAACACCAGGUAUCGAGGCUGGCUGGUGCGGAGGGUGUGCUGCGCGCUGUUUGUGAGUGGGUGCAAGGUUUACUCGAGUCCUGUUAGCAACAGACUGGAGAGAAUCUGUCAGAGCAACAGGGUGAAGGAGGCGCUCAAAGCAGUGCACAAAGCACCUGAGGGGGGAGACAGCCAAGGGCAGCCUAACCACCUUUCACCAUUCCUCCCCCUCAUCAACACUUGCAUAUCACCUGCCCUCUUACGAUUCCUGAGCUGGGUGAUGCUGAAGAUGCUUUCUUCCGUGUUUGGCAGUAUUCAAGUUAACCUCAACCAUCUGCCAGCUUUGCACAGAGCCUCACAAGAGGGAUCUCUGCUGGUGUAUGUCCAUGUGCGUCAGAGCAUCGUGGACUGUGCUCUCAUCCCUCUGGUGCUCUUCUCUCACAACCUGAGGGUCCCAUACACUAUGUUUCCCCUCCACAUUACCAGCUCCUCCAUACGAUCAAUCUUGAAGAAAGUAGGUGUUGUCCUCCUGCCAAAUUCUGCAGUGACUGAGCAGGAUGCUGAGAUGGACAGUCUGUACGCGCCUGUAAUGACCUCCCUGGUACGUGAGCUGCUACAUGAGGGUCAGGCGCUAAGUGUUAGUGUGUCAGCGGUGUCUGGCCGAGGUGGCCAGUGGCUGGCUCGCAUCAGACAACUCAUCAAAGAGGGAUCUGUCCGCGAUGUCAAUCUGGUCCCUGUGGGCAUCUCCUAUGACUGUGUGCCCAAGAUCAUCACACAGGUUGGCAUAAGCUCUGUGCUGCAGUGGUUUUGGUCUCUUCUCUGGAGGAGAACAAGAGGAAGUGUGAGGAUCCACUUUGCUCAGCCCUUUUCUCUCAAGGAGAUGUGUGAGUCAAGGAGGUGCAGAGUAGAUGAAUGGCUCCCUCUACAGGACCUGUUGCUGCCUGUUAUCCUCAACAACAGAACUGACAGUGUGUUUGGGGGGAGGAAGAUGUCGUGGCUUCUACCUUCUUCUCAUUAUGCAGCUGAACUAGAAGACCCAACUUAUCCUGAGAGGGACCUCAGCAUCGCCAUCAUCCUCCACCUCAUCUUCUCUGCAGCCUCCUGCACGGCUGUGAUGUCCACCAGUCUGGUUUCCAGUCUUUUGCUCUACAGACACCGCAAGGGAGUGAGUGCUUCUGUCCUGUGUCGUGAUGUGGUCUGGCUCACGGAGGAACUGUUGUUUAGGAACAAAGACGUCGGUUUCGGGGGAAGUUUGGAGGAGGUUGUCGAAUAUUCCCUCUCCCUGCUAGCCCCUCACCUCAUCAUAGCUGCAGUGCCGUCUAGGAAAGACCCUUUUAUUGUGCCCCGUCGUUCUCUUGCUGCCACUCUUCACCUCACCCUCCAGGCCCAGAUUGUCACACACACCUUUAUUUCAGAAGCUGUUGGUGCUUGUGCAGUGUCUGCUAUGCUGUGUGAGUUGGUCAGCAGUGGUGUCAGCAGCAGGGUGAGGAGUGACGGUGUGGAUGGAGAGCAGGUCAACAGUGACAUGGAGUUUGAUGUGGUGCUCUGCCAGUCCGAGCUGACGGAGAGAGCCCUGCAGCUCUGCCAUCUCCUGCCUCCGGGCUUCAUGCCACCCUGUCAGUCGUCCCAGAGUUUCGCUCUGGAUGCAGUUGACAGUCUGGUACGCUGUGGCAUCCUGAUCAUGGAAGAAAUUCCCAGAGACGUCCCUAUCUGUGAUUUCUGGAAAAAGGAGGGCGCUCUGUCCUGGACCACUACCGAUGACCCUUAUCACAGCGACUCUGACUGUGACAUGGAGGAGCAGGACCUGCGUUCCUACAAGAUAAGCCAGCCAAGACAGUGUCCAGAGAUGCUCUUCUUCCUCUGCAGUAUGCUAGCUGGUCAUCUGAGGUCACUGUGCUGGACAACCACCGGACUGGACCUUUUACACACACCUCUGCCAGGCAUUGUGAUAGACAUUGUGUUCAUCAAGCCUCAAUAA